AUGAAGCCCGAUUAUUAAUACGUUUUUCGAGAAUUUCUUAUGGUUUGAGGCUCCAAGUGACAAUAACGAGCCGAAUUAGUCGGGGGUAGCUAAAAAUAUUCAAUAUGGGAGGCGAAGAAAAUGGAUUUUGCAGUUCUUGAGCGGAGCCACCCACUGUGAGAUGUCUGACUUUAAGGAUCCGCCACAGAGUCACCAGUUCACAGAGCUCCAAGGAGGAUCUAAAGCCAAUAUCAGGAACGGAACAGACAGGAUGGGGGCUGCGAUGGGACCGAUUCUUCACUGGCUGCAGGAUGUAGCAGCUGUGACCCUCCUCAAAGCCCGACGGACAUUACUUCAGGCCGCCAUCCUUUUUUGCACGUUAGUUCUGCUGCUUUGGGUGUCUGUGUUUCUCUACGGAAGCUUCUAUUACUCCUACAUGCCCACUGUGAGCUUCUCCACCCCUGUGCACUUUUUCUACACCUCUGAUUGUGAUGCUGCAGAGGCAGGUCUCUGCUCCUUCCCCACAGCCAACAUCUCAUUCAUGAGGAAUGAAAGAGACCAGGUGAUGGCCAAUGGUCAGCCUUACAGAGUGUCUCUGGAGUUAGUGAUGCCCGAGUCUCCAGUUAAUGAACAGCUGGGUAUGUUCAUGGUCAGGAUGUCUUGUUACACCAAAGGUGGGAAGAUUGUGUCAUCGGUGGGCAGAUCCACAAUGCUGCAUUAUCGGUCUUUCCUUCUCCAAACCCUGAGCACUUUAUGCUUCUCUCCUCUCCUGCUGACUGGGAUGGCUGAACAGAAGCAACUCAUCGAAGUUGAGCUCUACUCGGAUUACAAGACAAACGCUUAUGAACCCACUGUUGGUGCAGUCAUUCAGAUCCAGUCCAAGCAGGUCCAGAUCUACUCAUCUCAGCUCCGCAUCCAUGCUUACUUCACUGGUAUACGAUACCUUUUGUACAACUUCCCCUUGACGUCAGCAGUGAUCGGUAUCUCCACCAACUUUGCCUUCCUCAGCGUCAUUGCACUGUUUGGCUACCUGCAGUUUAUAUGGGGUGGGCUCUGGCCUCCGGAUCAGGUCCGAAUCAGGGUCAUGAUGGGAGACAACACUCGCAUCCAGAGGAGGAGAGAGGAGGCUCGGAAGCGAAUGGAAAGAGAGAAUUCGCAGAAAGAACUCAGCUCUCCUGCAGAAAUUGGAUCAGUGAAUGGGACCGAUGGUCUUCAAGGAAAUGGCGCGUUAGCAGAGAUGUCAUCAGAGAACCCUUCUGAAAACCCAGAUACCUCUGGGGCUGAAGCUCCAGAUAACAAGGAAGAAGAGUCUCGUGAUUCUGAGGAGCACGGGGACACAGACAGCUCAGAUGUGUUGAAUGGAAGCCUUCCAUCUCAGUCUGGAGAGACAUUAAUUCGCCAGAGACCCGGGCCUUGGAUGAGUCUCUAAAGUAUAAUUGCUGCAUAAUAAAUACCCUCAUGUUGCAUAUCUACUCCCAUCCUUAGCACCUUAAAUACACUUCAUCUAACAUAGACUAAAUGAA